CCACAACUGGUUGAUCACCACCGCGUAGCUGCAAGAAAUCUGGUUUCGUGAGACGCCAACCUAACUCAUCGUAAUUGUCGCGAAAAAUGAAUGAAACGUUAGGAAACACUGGUGACCACACUCUUGGUUCCGAACACACAACAGUAACGACAGCAAAAAGGACGCUGUAGAGCAACAUAGCGAAGUCACGUGACUACAUAGGCGGUGCUACAGUACUGUGUGCAUGCGCACGUGACUCACGGUGUGACGCGGCGGUAAGGUCUGGCUACGCGAGACUAAGACAUGGACACCGACGCAGACAAGCAGAAGGAUGAAACAGGAGAGGAAGAACAAGCACAGCCCCCGCAAGAUGAGGAACAUAAAUCAACAGAUGUCUCCACUCAAACAACCGCUGAAACGAGCGACAAACUUCCCGAGCAGUCGAGAAUUCGACAUUUGUGCGAGAAAAUGUUCGAAAAGACAACAGACUAUCUACAAGGCGAACUGACGUCGACAUCGGACGAGUAUCGCCUUCUCGAGCGUCUCAACAAGCUCACCAUUGCCAAAUACGCCGACAUGUCGACCCUAGCUGCCACUCUCACGACGGCCAUGUCGGACAUGAACGAGAAAUACAAGAACUUGGAACCUUAUCUCGAGCAAGUGGAACAGUUGGAGGCGAGUGUAUCGACACUCGAACAGGCAGCGUAUAGACUAGAUGCUUAUUCCAAGAGACUAGAGGCUAAGUUUAAACAGCUAGAGAAAAAGUGAUGUCAUUGUGUCUUAGGAUAUGUACGUGUGUGUAUAGUUGAUAUUUUGUAUUGCAUAUUGAAUCGGUUUAGGUAUCUA